CCAAAGCCCGUUUGCCACUUCCCUGCCAGCACACCGCUGCGCCGUCAGCUUACAACAGUAAAAACGCGGCCGUGCGAUCGCCUGAAUCUGCGUUCUCCGUUGCGCCGAGCCUGUAAUCCCGCUGCAGCGUUGAAUGUCACGGGGCACACAUCUAGCAGAAAGGAUGCCGCCUGCCAAGCGCAUGCGUCGCCACGAGCCAGGCAAAGAUGCUCCGCCCGUAGGCCAGCGUACAAGCGCUGAGAAGACGAGGCGCGGACACGAGGAGCAACGGAGGGACAGAGCGGCGGCGAGCAAAAAAUCGAGAGGCAUGAAUGGCGACGAGCUGUCGCGCGGGGGCAGGGCGUUCGACGUGCCGAGCCUGCCUGUAGAUUUCGACGGCGUACCAGUGGAUGGGAGCCAGUACCUCGCUUUGGUACGACACCAAGCUGCGCUUCAUGCGCCCGUCUACCGCGUCGCAUUCAAUCCGUAUGAAGCGGCAGCGGCAGCAGCAGCAGGGACGAAGAAAGAGGAAAGUAAGGACCAGCUCAGGGCUCGUCACGAUGCAGACCUGGACGCAGUUGUAUCGGCUGCCGCAGCGUGCUUCAGAGACUCGGACAGCCCAGAAACGAACCUGCCUCCGCUGCCGUCGCUCGCCUGGCGGCAGAUGUUCACGUGCAAGUUCAAAGCAAUGCGGCACCGCCUGAGCUAUCCGGCGGCCAACGAAGCGGCGCUUCACGCGGUGGCGAGCGAGUCACGCAUGACGCCGGACGACAGGAACGAAGGCCUAUGGUUUCAGUGGAUUUUUGGCUAUGGCAUGCGUGCUAGGCGUAACCAGCUCAAGGGCCACCAGCAGCAGCAGCAGGCUGGUUCUAGCACUGCUUCUGCUCUAGCAGCAGCGGCAGCUGAGGGGGAUGCAGAGCAAGAGCUGCUCUGGCGCGAACCGAGGACGGCCGCACUAAGAGCUUUGGGGCAUGAGCAUGUUCUCAAACUGUUAGAGUAUAUGCCAGAAUGGUUCGUGCAUCCUGCUGCGCAAGCGCCAGCAGCAGCAGAAUCAGCACCAUCCUCUGUCAUUCGCUCGCCAUCAAACACAUCAAAAUCCACGACAGCAGGAGCAGGCCUGGCGCUUGGCGCGGGUGGCACAUCCGCCUCUGGGCCCGACGCGGCAGCACUGGCGAGCGUUGCGCGGCUGCCAGACGCGGUGCCGCCGCUGCUGGCGCGCUGGACAUUUGCGCUGCUCGCGGCGCUGUCACCGCACCUGGACGGCGAGGAGGUAAGCGUGCUGCGCACGCUGGCGCGCGCGUGCGUGCAGGCGAUCGUACGCAAUCGUUGGCGCUUUCGCGUCAAGGCGAAGAACCUCCUCAGCAGUAGCAGCAACGCCAGCGCCGGUGCUACUCCAUGGACAAAGGAGGAGGAAAGGGAUGUGAGCGCAGCGGUGGACAUGAUCCUGGACAAUGAUGCAGAGGAACAAACGGGUGGCCAGGAGCACGACGACGAGGAUGGGAUUAUGCACAUUGGCACGCCGAGCAGGACGCGGCGCGGGGCAGCAGCAGUGGCAGAAGCGAGGGGCUCGCGAAAGGGGCGCAGUGCACGCUUGCACGAUGCCGAGGGGGCCGAUCGCCUACCUGCCGCUGGUGUUGCUUCGGGUCUGGACGAAGGAGCAGUAGGGACGCACAACGCGGCGAUGGCGCAUCUGCUGCGCCAGGCGCUGGCGGAGGAGGCCCAGCGGGCUGAGCGGAGCGCCUGGGUGAUCAUCGCUGCUGUCGCAGGCGGAUGGGGGCAGAGCGAUCUGUGGGACGAAGGCAUGCGUGAGGUUGGCAAGGUAGCACUGUAGUUUCCUUUCCCGUUUGACGUGGGCGGAACGAGAUGGUGC